UCUAAAUUUGAGGCUUGGAGAAGCCGGAAUGUUGCUGUGUGGAAUAUGUCAACUGUCAAUAAAUGUCAACAAAGGACUAUCAAACUCGAACUGACGAGUCGGCAAUGAAUUCGUGGCGAUAAAACACAGUAAAAUUAUAGCAAAAUUUAAAGCUAUUUUCAUGUUUUUAUAAGAAGUUGAGCUCAAAAAAUAAAUAAAUCACAAAAUGGGAAUAACGGUCAGUCAAUACUCUGUGCUAUCAAGCAAUGAGCACUUGAUAAAGUUCUGCUCAAGUGAGAUAAUAUGCCCCAACGAUCCAUUCUGGAAUCAGAUGUUAGCUUUUAAUAUCAAACCACCGGGAAGUGCAGAAGAACAACUAAUGUUUGAUUCUGCAACAGAAUCGCUGCUGCAAACAUUCGUUCAGAAUAAUCUGCAGACCGGAAACCUUGGGUCUCUGGUUCAAGUCUUCAUUACCAGGGCAACGUUGUUACUGGCGUCUCCGGUCAGUGAUAACGUAAUGCUCUCUUGGACAACGUUCAACGCGUUGUUCGUCAUAAAAGCGGUCAUAAAAUAUUUGGUGGAGAUGGUACCUGAAUACGAACUGUGUCGGCAUCUGGACGCUCAGAUCGACAGAAGAACAGGCAACGGUCAGCUCGAUAACAAAGACGCUUCGCAGACGCCAUCGACACCCUCGAGCCAUGAAGCCCACUCACAAACGCCUGAAGUGCAACAAUCUCCAAAGCUGACGGCCUCCGAGAGUCGAGUGGAGAUCCUCAUAGAUGCGCUGAUAGGGCUCAUCAUAGAUGUGCCUGUUACAGACAACACAUACUACUUGCACUUGGAAUGCAUAAACACGCUGUUAGUGCUGAUGUCAAUAUAUAUGUUUGCUGAAGUCCACGGACAAGAGAGACUGGUCGAGACUUCGUUGAUAUACAGAACUCUCUUUCAAGGUCGUUACGGCAUGCACGCCCCGCUGCUGGUCAAAACCCUGCUGUUGAAUCUGUCGAGCAUGUUGGCCGCCCCGCCGAGCAUGUUCGGCACGCACGAGGGAGGUAGCGUUCUUAUUAAUUUGGCGUCCGGCCUCUGGAGCAUGCUGUCGUUCACCACGUCCGCCAGACCCACGAUAUACAGCCACCCGCCGGCGGACCGGCAGGAGUUGCUGCGGAGACUGAACAAGGAGCACCCGGUGGCGAACCAGUCGUGCCUGCUGCUGCUGGCGCUGGCCAACCACUGCAUGAACGACGACAACCUGUACAGGAGGUCGUUGCUCUGCUGCGAGGAUAGUAGCGAAACGAGUUCGACGACGCCGCAGAAAGACGCCGUGACGUCACAAAUCACGCCCCCCCGUAUAGACAUGGCUGCGCUCCACAGAGCCCUGUGCGGCGCGGCUGGUUGCGAGCACGUGACGCUGCUUCUGUACCUCAUGCUGCAUUCCUGCCGCCAUUACAAGAGCCACGUCAGCGCCACACCACACAUUGAAAACCUGAUAGUACCGGUGCUUGAGGUGCUGUACAACGCGCCCGAGAACAACUCCCACCACAUCUACAUGUCGCUGAUCAUACUGCUGAUACUGACCGAAGACGACGCUCUGAUUAAGAACGUGCAUAUGAUCACCCUAAAAAACCCGACAUGGUACACGGAGAGGACGAUAUCGGAGAUCUCGCUGGGCGGUCUGAUGGUGCUGGUCAUAAUAAGAGCGCUGCAGUACAACAUGACACGGGUCCGGGACAAAUAUUUGCACACGAACUGCUUGGCUGCCGUCGCCAACAUGAGCUGUGAAUUUAGGAACCUCCAUCCGUACGUAGCGCAGAGACUAAUAUCUCUAUUCGAAUCAUUGACCAAGAGAAGAGCGAGACUGUGCAGCGAGAUCGAAGGUGGCGAUUUAAAUAAUUUAGAACUACCGCAUCAGUCAGAAGAAAAGACAGAGGAAAUUAUGGACCACAUCAACGUUUUGGAUGAAGUCCUGAGGAUGCUCUUGGAGAUAAUAAACUCUUGCCUGGCGCACCAGCUCUCCAACAACCUGAAUCUGGUGUACGCGCUGCUGCACAAGCGGAACGUCUUCCAGCAGCAUCAGAACCUGCACAUCACCCAGAACAUAGAGAUGGUCAUAGGGUACUUCUCGAGUCGCCUCCAGCGUGUGCAGGAGGGCGCCGGCACCGACCUGGGCGUGGCCGAAGUGCUGGCCUGUAUCAGGAAGGGCGCUGAACAGUGGUCCAGCGACCGCCUAAAGAAGUUUCCGGACCUGAAGUUCCGUUACGUGGAAGAGGACAAACCGGAAGAGUUCUUCAGCCCGUACGUGUGGAGGUUGAUCAGCGGCUGCGGCGGCGUGCACUGGGCGAGCGAGGGCGGAGCCCGGGCGCUCCGCCACCUGCUCGUCUGAUCCGGGCCCCGCGCUGUCACGGGCUCUGGGACGUGCCACAGAGUGCUUUGACAAAACACGCGUCGUGCAGCGCCAUCUAUACACGAACGAUUGAACUAAUUCGAAAAGUUAAUGUCACUGACGUAAUCGGAAACUAGUAUUUCCUGAAAAUGUCCCGGAUCACGAAAGUGAAUUAAAAAUACUUUUAUGGCUUAGUAAUGUAAUAUAAACUAUUAAAAAAAAAACAAUUAUCUGUAUUGGUAUAUUAAUGAUUUAAGAAAGAAAAAACCUACACGACCACCGAUAAUGUCUCGAACCUCAUGCGAUAACUACGGAAACGAUUGCAGCACGAACGAGUGCAAUGCCUUUUAAAACUCAUCUAAAAAUUAGUGUCUUACUCAUCUAUCGAUAGUCGAUAAGAUAUUUUUUUUUGACAAUCUAUUGUGGUAAAUAAAUUGUCGUCUAUCAUUUGCGCUUAUAAAGACGCUGGCAAUGUUAAUUUAUGAAAAUGAUAAUUUAUGAAGUACGACAGCUGUUUGGCUAUGUCCCUGACGAUGCCGUAGUCCAUGGGCGACGGUUAACGCUCAUCAUAACUUGGACGUUAGACUCGUCUGCGUAAUAAGACAAUAAAAAGCCGAAUUCGAUUAAUUGCCAGCGGGACGAUGUGGAACAUGGGUGAUUUUAUUUUCUCAUUAUUUAGAUAUAAAUAGAUAAUUUUAUACGUCAGUAUUAGACGUCAUGACCCAAGAAACAUAACAUAACCACAGUGUAUGAUAUUAUCAAAAACACGUUAAUACGCCAUUAUACUUAAUAUUUUUUGUUUAUAUGAAUAACUUAGCGGUAACAUUCAUGCUAUUUUUGCAUUGAACACAUACAGAAAAUAUAUAUAUCUUGACGGAAUUCCUAUAUAAUUUACUAAAUUUACUGGUGGUAGGACCGCUUGUGAGUCCGCGCGGGUAGGUACCACCGCCCCGCCUAUUUCUGCCGUGAAGCAGUAACGCGUUUCGGUUUGAAGGGCGGGGCAGCCGUUGUAACUAUACUGAGAUCUUAGAACUUAUAUCUCAAGGUGGGUGGCGCAUUUACAUUGCCAGUAACCACUUAACAUCAGGUGGGCUGUGAGCACGUCCACCCGCCUAAGCUAUAAAAAAAAAUCGAAUCCAUAUAUAGAUGGAGUAAUAAAUUCGCUUAGUAAAGGGUAAACGGAAAUUUGCAAAUUCCGUAGGGUAGUUUAAAAAGCCAGCCCGCGCUCCACAUUAUGACGUAAUCGAUGUUCGAACGCGGGCGUGCGAGAGAGAUGGCGAGAAUCGAUAUAUAGACGGAUAAUAAAUUCGCUUAGUAAAGGGUAAGCGUAAAAUUUACAAAUGCGGUGGGGUAGUUUUAAAAGCAAGCCCGCACUUCUCAUUGGAGCUUUUUGGCGGGAACGCGAGGAGUGAAGUUGUGUGAUUUGUUUUAUUUUGUCUAUUUAGUGUUUCUUCAGGUUUAAAUGUGUAAUUACGGUGGUUUAUUAACUGUUUGGUAUCUGUGAAAGUGCACAAAUGUGGGAAAAUGAAACAAAGCCGCUGAACGUAACUUCUCGGGAUCCUCCAAAAAGUCCACUGAAAAAGUCGCAGUAAAUGACCACCAUUUUACUGAGAUUAUAUUUCAUCUCGUCUCGUUUCAUUUUAUUUCAUUUCAUGCCAUGUUUCAUAUUAAUCAAUUUCAUUUCAUUAUAUCAUUUUUCAUAUAAAAAAUCUUUCAUUAAAAUUAAAAUAAGACUUGACCUUAAAGGUCUUAGUUACCAGAUCAUAAAAUCCCUUUAAAAAUAAAGCACCGCAUUGUGACGUAAUCGAUGUUCGAAUUCAGGGGGUGCGAGGGAGAUGGAGAGAUCGUUCUUUGUACUCUCCCUAUACCCAGAAUCGUAGUCAGGAUUUUAGUUAGAUAAUUUUCGAACUAACUUCUGUCAUCUUUUCACAAAAGGUAUACUAAGUAAAGGUAUAAUUAUAAAUAUUAUAAAGCUGAAGACUUUGUUUGUUUGAACGCGCUAAUCUCAGGAACUACUGGUCCGAUUUGAAAAAUUCCUUCAGUGCUUAGAUAGCCCAUUUAUUGGGGAAGGCUAUAGGCUAUAUAACAUCACGGUAAAACAAAUACAAGUGAAACACCAAUAAAGAAUGUUUCAAAAUAGUGGUUUAAAUAGCUCCUUAACAUUCUAUAAUUCAAUUUUUUUUUCACUUUCUACGUAAAUUAAGUGGGGGGUAAAAUUUUGCGUUAUGCCAAAGUAAUUAUUCCACGCGGACGGAGUCGCGGACAAAAGCUAGUACAAUUAUAUUUACACAGAUUGUAAAUUAAUAAAGAGCUAUUAAAAAAGGCAUUCAGUAACGUUCAUUCCCAUUCGCUUGCUCACAAUUACGCUACGCUGAGUGAAUAAAAGAACUUUAAAAGAUUGUUUAAAAUAAAUGGGAUUUUCUUGGGUUUUAGGGAGUCUUAAAAGUAAUUAUAACUUACGAUUAUAAUUUGGCGUUUAUUUUAUUAUUACAAUAUAACGCAAGUUUCGUAAGCUCUGCCGUUUUUUCGUGGUUACGAUCGGAAAAAACACAUCCUUUCCCGUGGAUAUUCAAAGGAAAAUGAUACUUGAUUAGCAUUAAAACUCUUGUGAGUCCGCACGGAGUAGGCACGUGCCUAGUUUUAACGUGAAGCAGUAAUGCGUUUCGGUUUGAAGGGUGGGGCAGCCGUUGUAACUAUACUGAGACCUUAGAACUUAUAUCUCAAUGUAGGUGGAGCAAUUACGUUGUAGAUGUCAAUGGGCUCCAGUAACCACUUAAAACCAGGUAAACUGUGACUCGUCCACCCAUCUAAGAAAAUAAAUAAAGUGUUGACAAUUAAAAUCUAAAAUAUUCGUAAUGGAGGCGCAGAGUGUGGUUAUUUAUGUAAUUUUGAACGUGUCCCGGUAUAUUUCGGUUCGUUGAGUAUCCGUGACAUGAGUCUGGCGGUAUCGCUCGUGCCUUUGUACCUGUGUGCUUAGUGCGAGUUUAUUAACGUUCUCGAUAGCGUAAAAGUUAACUCAAUUUUGUAUGCAGUUGGAACAGCGCCCCUAGCGGCAAACGUACGCAAACGACAAACAAGUGGAUGACCGAUAAAUUAUGUUUUUUAGAAAUUAUAUUUAAAUACGAAUUACAUAUUGAUGAAAUGAUGAAAUAUGAAUAAUAUUCUUCGAUCUUACCGACAGAAUAAUAAAAAAAAUCGGUUGUCUGUAAAGUCGGUUUACUGACGAUAGUUGAACGUGACGUCAUAAGAAAAUAUUAUGGAAUGGUUUCAUUUUUCAAAAGAAAAUUUUAAUUUUAUUUGUUUGAUAGAUAUUUUGUAUGGACAAUUGACACCACAUUCACUUUUCACUGAACUUCAUACUUGACGAAAACAUGUAAAUGUAUUAUUGUAUAGCAGCUGUCCACGCGGAUGCAUCGCUCACUCAAGUAGGAGAGAGACAGAUGUCAAACGCUGCCGAACGCGGAGUCCGAUUGUGCCUCUUUGUCGCUCGUUGCGCGCUCUCGCUUGCACUUCAAGCCUUAAAUGGAACGCCUCAGAGCGAGGUAACGCCGCAUGAGUCAUGUUUUUUCGUGCGUGCAGCCAGCUCGAUCGAAUUAUAAGACGUUGCCACGUCAAAAAUUUAACUGGUUAAUUAAAGAAAAAAUCAAAAUUAUCGAUAAAGUUGAUUAUUGAAAACACGAAUAAAACAACACUUUAAUAAAUCGUAGCUAGAUCGAUUUAUCGCCCCCGAAAUCCCCUGUAUACUAAAUUUUAUGAAAAUCGUUUGAGCCGUUUCCGAGAUUCAGAUUAUACACAUAUAUUUAUAUACAAGAAUUGCUCGUUUAAAGAUAUAUAAUAAUAAGAUAUAAGCUAACUUUUACGCCAUCGAGAACGUUAAAAAACUCGCACUAAUCACACUGGUCAUGAAUAACAUCCCACAAUAGAUGCGUGUAUGGACUUAAAUAUAAGCGGAGGUAAUUUUGGUGAUGAAGUUAACACACUGAAACACGUCUUGGACAUUGUCACACGUGAAAGUCGUUAAAGUUAAUAACGUUAACUUUAAAAAAUUAAUAACGUUCAAUAAAAUGGCCAUGACAUGGUAAUAUGAUGACUAUUUUAAUAUAACUGUAUUUCUUGUCAUUCCUAAGCACUUCCCUUUAGAUUAGUUAAAAACAAUAUUUCAGUUUAUAUUAUUAAUUCUUAUUAUAAAGCAAUAAUAAAAUGUACAAUUAUAAAUAAAUUAUAUUUAAUAUGAUAUUUAAA